CUGAUGGCCAACCUCACCGACUUGAUUCCGGCAGUCCCCACCGACCCUGAUGACGAUGGUACUGAUGAUGACCCAAGCGAUGAUGCUGAGACGGACCCCGGAGCAAAGACUCCCUCGAAAAAAGAUCCUACGACAGAUCCUUCAGCCGGCGGCAACGACACCCAGACGCCCUCCGGCCAAAAUGCAACAAAGGAGACGCCGACAGACCCGCCUAGUACGGACGAUCCCACUGCUCCACCCAAGGAGUCUGACAAGGCAGGGAGCAGCGCCAAUCCUACUGCUAAGGCUACUGAGGGAACCAAGCCUACCCCCGCGACCACUGUCGACUCGGCUGACCUCACCACUCCCCCAUCUACCGAAAGCAUCUUCUGCGCCCCUCUCAACACAUCUGCCAUUAGUGUCACUUACUCCAAUGGGACCAAUGUCACCCUGACCGCUCAUGCCGAAGGCGUGCUGGACAUUACCAAUGACAAGAAUGGAAGUACCAUUGAGGUGUGGGACCACGAUGUUGGCGUAGACGUGAAUUGCACAGUCGUCUUGCCUCCCAAGAAGGAAAAGAAGAAGAAGAAGCCGCAAGAAGGCACACCGACGAACACUACCGUGAAUGGGGAUGGCAGCGCAAAUAGCCCAACUGAAUCGGGAGCCAAUAAUGGUGAGUCAAUUGCUGUCCAUCUUUGUUCCGGCUUCGAGUCUGCUCCUCUCAGGGUCAGACGUGGAUAAAUCAGAGGUGGAGCGGAAGUGUCGAGUGUAAAGAAGUUGCCCCGCAAUGUGCGGCGUUCAACGUUCAUCUUCCCAUUCAUGGCCCGGGCGUGGGACAGCCCCGAUCUUGGUCGGUGCACUGGCCGAGCCCUCUGCGACCCAUUGAGUCACCGCCAAGGCCCAAAGGCGCAGAUUGCAAAAAAGGCAAAGGGCAAACUGUGAGAUGGACAGGGCACAAUGACGAAGACUA